GGAAGCGAGCGCGCCGCCCACCCAUCCGGGGCGAGAGCGCGCCGCGGGAGAGGCAGGCCGGGCCGGGGGCUGCCCGGGCCUUCACCCCCGUGACCCCGAGCCCCUGCCGCCCUCAAGAUGAUGAAGAGGCAGCUGCACCGCAUGCGGCAGCUGGCCCAGACGGGCAGCUUGGGACGCACCCCGGAGACCGCUGAGUUCCUGGGUGAGGACCUGCUGCAGGUGGAGCAGCGGCUGGAGCCAGCCAAGCGGGCAGCCCACAAUGUCCACAAACGGCUGCAGGCCUGUCUGCAGGGCCAGAGUGGGGCAGACAUGGACAAGCGUGUGAAGAAGCUUCCCCUCAUGGCUCUGUCCACCACGAUGGCCGAGAGCUUCAAGGAGCUGGACCCCGAUUCCAGCAUGGGGAAGGCCUUGGAGAUGACCUGUGCCAUCCAGAACCAGCUGGCCCGUGUCCUCGCCGAGUUUGAGAUGACUCUGGAGAGGGAUGUCCUGCAGCCACUCAGCAGGCUGAGUGAGGAGGAGCUGCCAGCCAUCCUCAAGCACAAGAAAAGCCUACAGAAGCUCGUGUCUGACUGGAACACCCUCAAGAGCAGGCUCAGUCAGGCAGCCAAGAACUCAGGCAACAGUCAAGGCCUAGGAAGUGGCCCAGGCAGUUACGGCCACACGACCACAGCCAACAAGGUGGAGACGCUGAAGGAGGAGGAGGAGGAGCUAAAAAGGAAGGUGGAGCAGUGCAAGGAUGAGUACUUGGCCGACCUGUAUCACUUUGCCACCAAGGAGGACUCAUAUGCCAACUACUUCAUUCAUCUCCUGGAGAUUCAGGCCGAUUACCAUCGCAGGUCACUAAGUUCACUGGACACAGCCUUGGCUGAGCUGAGGGAGAACCACAGCCAAGCAGACACUUCCCCCUCGAUGACAGCCGCCCCCUUCUCCAGGAUGUAUGGGGUAUCGCUGGGAACCCACCUGCAAGAGCUGGGCCGGGACAUCGCCCUGCCCAUCGAGGCCUGCGUCAUGAUGCUGCUUUCUGAGGGCAUGAAGGAAGAGGGCCUCUUCCGUCUGGCCGCUGGGGCCUCCGUGCUGAAGCGCCUCAAGCAGACGAUGGCCUCGAACCCCCACAGCCUGGAGGAAUUCUGCUCUGACCCCCACGCCGUGGCAGGUGCCCUCAAGUCCUAUCUGCGGGAGCUGCCAGAGCCCCUGAUGACCUUUGAUCUCUAUGACGACUGGAUGCAAGCAGCCAGCCUGAAGGAGCCAGGGGCCCGGUUACAGGCCCUCCAAGACUUGUGCAGCCGCCUGCCCCCCGAGAACCUCAGCAACCUCAGGUACCUGAUGAAGUUCCUGGCACGGCUGGCCGAGGAACAGGAAGUGAACAAGAUGACACCCAGCAACAUUGCUAUUGUCCUGGGGCCCAACCUACUGUGGCCACCUGAGAAAGAAGGGGACCAGGCCCAGCUGGACGCAGCCUCGGUGUCUUCCAUCCAGGUGGUGGGCGUGGUCGAGGCGCUGAUACAGAGUGCAGACACCCUCUUCCCUGGAGACGUCAACUUCAACGUGUCAGGCCUCUUCUCAGCCCUCGCCCCCCAGGACACAGUCAGCGACCAGCUGGCCUCUGGUGCGCUUCCACCCGUUGCCGUGCCCACCCCGGUUCCAGCCCCAGCCCCAGCAGCCACCAAGGAAAGGACAGAGUCUGAGGUGCCCCCCAGACCAGCCUCCCCCAAGGUCAACAGGAGCCCCCCGGAGACAGCUGCCCCAGCGGAGGAUAUGGCUCGAAGGACCAAGCGCCCAGCGCCGGCCCGGCCCAACAUGCCGCCCCCCCAGCUGUCCAGCCCCCGUGCCUCCGCCCCCCAACCAGCUCUCCUAAGCUUCUGA